CUAUCUGCUUGUGAUUGGAGGAGAGCACGACACCAGAAAAUUCAAACUGUACAGCUACGCCGUGUGUUGUUGAAGGAAACAUUGAGUCUUGGUUGAGACUUCGUAGAGUUGGAUUUUAACGUUCAGAGUCCAUCUUUUCAUUUACUCGAGAUAUGCGUUUUUGUUUUUAGGCUGUUUUUUUAAUUUUUAUUUUAUAAUGGCUGGAGCCAUUGCAGCUCGGCAGGGAUUUCUAGACAUCAGUCCCGGGAGGAGGCACGAUGGUAACAAGGAGAAUGAUAUUCCGGUUCUGAGUUUGAUCCAGUUUUCAAAGCCUCCUUUUGUGACUUUCGGAACCGUAAAGUUGGGGACCUCGAAAUCGGCCGUGUUGCGAAUUGAAAACCCUACAGAGGACGUGGAAGCAGAGGUUACCGUUGAGAAGAUCCCUUCGGGUAAAGGCUUCUCUAUCAACCACAACACGUUUACCAUUGAGCCUGCGGGAUCAUUCGCUUUGACCAUUACUUGGACCCCAUCUGAAGAAGGUGGAAUCAGAGAGCUCAUUGUUGUCAAUGCCAAUGGGAUCCUUAAACACCAGGCUGUUCUUUUGGGUAGAGCGGAAGCAACAAAGAAAAAAAAGAAAAGCUUAUGGGACACAAUCAAAAAGAAAAAUGGAGAAAACAUAAAACCAUCAAGGGCAAAGAAAGUGGACCCUCCACUAAAGAUGGCUGCCAACAAAACAUUUCAAGUGUCCCGAACGCCUCAGUACCAGCGAGACAAGCCGUGUAGCCAGCUUGCGUCGCUGAAUGAUAGAAAAGCUGUCAGAGAGAGGUCCAUCUCCAACUACAACCGCCUGGAGAGCAACUCCCUGACACAAGAGGACAGGAAACCGUUACACACCAGGCAACUGGCUGUUACUGAUCUGGAGACGGUUCAUCCUCUCCAGAAAAACUCUCCUGUGGUUCUACUUGUUCCAGCUGCAACGUUUAAGGGAUCGAGCGAUCCUUGCUCCAGCAUGGAUUCCCCACUGGAAAAAUGUGAAAACAAAGACCUCGCUAAAAUUUUGAACCGGACUCUGUCACCAAUCGGGACACCAGAGAGGUUUAGGAAACUCAUGCCUCACAUUCAGUCAGAGAGCCCACCAUCUCCUGCUGCUGCAAAACCUGAAACUGACAGUGUGUCAACUGAAAAGCCCGUCGUGUCACUGACGGAUGCACUGGCCCUCAUUGGCUCUGAUUUAAGCCAAAUUUACACCAGUCCUCGGGAGCUUAGUUCCAGCUGUGAGUAUUCCGACUCCCUGGAAUCAAAGGGUGGAGGAUCUGAGAAUGCUGACCUCAGAGCAAUACCUGACAGCCCAGAACCGCUCGAGUCCAAUGAGCCAAGACUUACGUUCUUUGUCAGUAAAAAGUCCGUGUCAUCAGAUGACCAAAAGACUGUAGAAAAGGUUAAAAAGACUACUUUUACAUCGGCCACGGUCAUUAAAAGCAAGGCAUCAGUGGAUUCAAAUGGCUCCAGUGGACGGAAAAUAAAGAAAUCUCGGCGAAGGCUUCUGGAGAAAACACUUGAGUUGUCUGGCAGUAGCAGUCAGAGCGAGUCUGGACCGGGUACUCCAAGCCUGCCCGUGAUAGCUGCUGACACAGGAGCUGCUCUGAGUGAUGAAAACCAUCAAACAUCAGGGUUUGCCUCCCUCAGUUCAACUCCCAGACCUCGCACCUCGUCGCCCCCAAUCGCCUUCCCCAUCUCCCCUCUUUGUAACGCCUUGUCACACACCUCCUCGUCAGUCAGCCCUCUGCCUCCUGCAGCACCUUCUCCCAUCAUGUUUACCAUUGCCUCCCCACCACCUGUGGACUCAUCUUCACCUCUUCAUCACGAUCUUCUACCAAGCUUCCAGCAGGUGCAGGCUGUUCCUGCAACUCUAUCCGUCCACGAAGAGUCGUUUCCCGUUCAAGUGGCAGCAAAAUGCAAGAAGAGAAAGAGUGAGGAGCAUGUGAAGUUUGAGGAUGCUGGGAAACCAGAUCAGGGCAAACGAAGCAAGGUGGUGACAGCAAAACCGGAACCCCCAAGAUCAGUCCAGGACAGGACGAGUAGAACACAGAGGCAACGAGCAACAGGAACUGCUCUGUCAGUGGAUACAGCAUCUCUAAAGAAAACGCGGCCUGCAGCUCCUUCCCAGGCCAAACCAACAAACUCCAAAGCAAUCUCUAAGGGACCAGGUGCUGCAGCUGUGAGGAGAACUAAAGUAGUGGCUGUGGCGCAAUCCAAACUGACCUUCAUCAAGCCGACUCAGACGGCCCUUCCCAGACAUCCCAUGUCAUUCGCUGCCAAGAACAUGUUCUACGAUGAGAGGUGGAUCGAGAAGCAGGAGAGGGGGUUCACAUGGUGGAUCAAUUACGUCCUCACUCCCGAUGACUUUAAAGUCAACCCUGAAGUCAACAAAGCUAGUGCCGUGUCUCUCGCCAUCGGCAGCGACAAGUUCAAUGUGCCCAGAGCUCCCACCAAAGAGGAGAUGUCCUUCAGUACCUACACGGCCAGACGGAAGCUAAACCGCCUCCGCCGCUCUGCCUGCCAGUUGUUCACGUCUGAAGCCAUGGUCAAGGCCAUUCAGAGGCUCGAACUGGAGGUGGAGGCCAGGCGCCUGCUCGUACGGAAAGACCGCCACCUGUGGAAGGACAUUGGUGAGCGCAAAAAGGUUCUCAACUGGCUCCUUUCUUACAAUCCCCUGUGGUUACGGAUUGGUCUUGAGACGAUUUUUGGGGAGUUCAUCUCUCUUGAGAGCAACAGUGACACCCUGGGUCUGGCCAUGUUCAUCCUCCAGCGGCUGCUGUGGAACCCCGACAUUGCGGCGGACUACAGACACCCCAGGGUGCCUCACCUUUACAAAGACGGCCACGAGGAGGCGCUGUCUCGCUUCACUCUGAAGAAGCUGCUGCUGCUGGUCUGUUUCCUGGAUAAAGCCAAAGAAUGUCGUCUGAUCGAACACAACCCCUGUUUGUUCUGUGUGGAUGCAGAGUUCAAGACGACCAAAGACCUGUUGCUGGCCUUCUCCAGGGACUUCCUGAGCGGAGAGGGGAUCCUCCCGCGGCACCUCGGCUACCUCGGGUUACCCGUCUCCCAUGUUCAAACUCCUCUUGAUGAGUUCGACUUUGCUGUAAAGAACCUAGCGGUGGAUUUGAAAUGCGGCAUUCGUCUUGUUCGUGUGAUGGAGCUCCUCACUCUGGAUUGGAGUUUGUCGGCGAAGCUGCGUCUGCCCGCCAUCAGUCGCCUUCAGAAGAUCCACAACAUCGACGUCGCCCUGCAGGUGCUGAAAGCCAAAGGGAUCAAUCUCAAGGAUGAACACGGUUCCAUCAUUGACUCCAGAGACAUUGCAGAUGGACACAGAGAGAAGACAUUGAGCCUUCUGUGGAAAAUCAUCUUUGCAUUCCAUGUGGAAGUGAUUCUGGAUGAGAGUCAGCUCAGUCAGGAAAUCGGUUUCCUGAAGAGAACUUUGAGGACCAAGCGGAGGUUGGCCCGAGUGAGGGCUGACCAGGGCAUUCAGCCCAGUCCAGUGAAGACCAGGGUGCCGUAUGUACACACCAGCACCAAGGUUACAUUGCUGAUGGACUGGGUCCGUGCUGUCUGUAACUUCUACAGUCUGAAGGUGGAAAACUUCACCGUGAUGUUUUCAGACGGCCGCGUUCUUUGCUACCUCAUCCACCACUAUCACCCCAGCCUCCUGCCAGAGGCCUCAAUCAACCACAGCACCACCCAGACCGUGGAGGGUUCCCCGACAGGUCGUCUGGAGCUCGACUGUUCAGCCAGCGACUCCGACAGCUCCUUUAACUCGUUAAAAAAAGGAGGCCCAGAUUCUCCUUCUGUUGAGUUUAAAGAGCUGCUGGAGAACGAGAAAAGCAACUUCAGGUUGGUCAACAGUGCUGUGGCGUUCCUGGGGGGAGUUCCCGCCAUGAUCAACCCGGCUGAUAUGUCCAACACCAUCCCCGAUGAGAAGGUGGUGAUGUCCUACCUGUCCUUCCUCUGUGCUCGUCUGCUGGACCUGCGGAAUGAAACCAGAGCUGCUCGGGUCAUUCAAGGAGCCUGGAGGAAAUACAGACUGAAGAAAGAUCUGCAGCUUUAUGAGGAAAGAAACAAGGCUGCCUUGAAGAUCCAGCUUGUGGUGAGACGUUUUCUACAGAAGCGCAGAGCUGAGAGGCGAACUCGGGCUGCAGUCCUCAUUCAGUCUGCCUGGAGGGGCUUUUUAGCCCGCAAAAUUCUGAGGAUGCAGAAAGAGGCCCUGCUGCGGGCUGUGCAGCACGAGGCAGCAACCAUUAUCCAGGCUCAAUGGAGGAUGUUUUCUACCUUUAAGGCCUACCACCGCCUCAGAUAUUACACAGUGUCAGUACAAGCCCAAUGGAGGAUGAGGAGGGCAGCUGCCUCUUAUAGCAAAGUCUGCACAGCGGUCAGAGUCAUCCAGAAGUACUCCCGAGCUUGGGCUCUCUCCAGAAAGCAGCGGGACCGUUACCUCCUACUCAGGAGCUCGGUGGUGAAACUGCAAAGAGCUUUUAGGAGAUGGAGGGCUAGAAAAAUUGAAGAGGAAAAUCAUGCGGCGGCAGUGAUCCAAGCAGCUUUUAAGAAGUGGUACAACCACAGGAUGGCAAUGAAAUAUGCUGCCGCGGUGAGAAUUCAGUCCUGGUUCCGAAUGCGGGUGUGCUAUCGUGACUACAGGCAGAUCAGGAGGAGCGCUGUUCUCAUUCAAGCUUACUGCAGGGGCCAAGCACAGAGGCGCUGCUUUCAGAUGCUGAAGCUGCAGCACAAUGCUGCUGGUGUCAUUCAAAGGGCCUUCAGAGGCCACGUCGUGAGGAAGCAGGUGCUGGAAAUGAGGCGUGCCGCGGUCGUGAUCCAGCGGCGCUUUAGGGCCUCAGUGAAAAGAGAUGCGCAAAGAAGCGCAUUCUUGAGGAUGAGAUGCGCCGCUGUCGCCAUGCAGGCGGCGUUUCGUGGAAAGAUGGCUCGAGAGAUGCUGAAAAAGCAGCACAAGGCAGCAACGGUGAUCCAGGCAGCCUUUAGGGAGUGGGCUGCCCGAAAGCAGUACCUCGCCUUGAGAGGAGCAGCUGUUAGGGUACAACGGAGGUACAGAGCUGCCGUUCUGGCUCGCAAGACAAAGGCACAAUACCAUGCUUUAAGGAAAGCCACCCUCGUUUUACAAGCCAGCUGGAGAGGCAAAGCUGACAGGAAGAAAAUUGAAACGUGGCAUCGGUGUGCAACUUUGAUACAGGCUUCCUAUCGACAGCACAGAAUCCAAACCCAGUUCACAUCCAAGAAGGGAGCAGCUUUAGUCAUUCAGCGUCAGUACAGAGCUUUUGUUGCUGGGAAGGAGAUGAGGGGAAUAUUCUUGCAGAAACGAGCAGCUUCUAUAACUCUUCAAGCUGGAUUUAGAGGCAUGAGAGCAAGAUCUGAGCUGAGGAGGAAGCACCAAGCUGCAACAGUCAUUCAGUCUUGGAUUAGAAUGUUUUUGUGUAAGAAACGCUACUUCUUGAUGCAGUGCGCAGCAAUUAUCAUCCAGUCCAGAUACAGAGCUCUUCUGCUGUGCAGGGCGUCACAAAAUGAGUUCAGAAAGAAGAAGCAGGCCGCUGUAAAGAUACAAGCCACGUUCAGGGGGUUCAGAGUGAGGCGGGAGCACCGGAGGAGGAUGGCUGCUGCCACGGCGAUCCAAGCUCAGUUCAGGAUGCACAAGAUGCGUAUGGCUUACCUAGCUGCCAAGUUUGCAGCCAUUAUUAUUCAGGAGCGCUACAGGGCCCAAAAGCUCCGGGAUCAAGAGCUGCAAAGCUACAAAAGAAUCAAAUCUGCUGCUGUGGUUAUCCAGGCUGCAUACCGAGGAUGCAUGGUCAGGAGGAGGAUGGCAGAACGCCAUCAAGCUGCAACAGUCAUACAGAGAAGGUUUCUGACAAUCCAGGCCAGAAAGCAAUUCCUCAAACUCAUGUCAGCAGCUCUCACCUGUCAACAGAGGUAUAGAGCUCUGAGCCUGGCAAGAAAAGUCCGCCUGGAUUAUCUGUCAAAGCGCAGGGCUGUCGUUUGUUUGCAGGCAGCUUGGAGAGGAUACGCAGUCAGAAAGCAGUUGCGUGUCCAGCAAAAGGCGGCUGUGAUUAUUCAGUCUCAUUUCAGGAUGCACCAGCAGCAAACUCGCUACAGGAGGCUCUGCUGGGCCUGCAAGGUGGUGCAAAAACAGUGCCGGGCUAACAAACAAAUGAGAGUGGACAUGCAUGCGAUGAAGGCCAUGAAAAAUGCUGCCAUUGUCUUACAAUCUGUCUAUAGAGGCAUGAAAUCUAGAAGAAUCCUCAAGCAAGAACAUCAAGCUGCAGCAGUUAUCCAGAGAUCUUUCAGAGCACACCGUGAACACAGGAGCUAUCUGACCUUAAAGUCUUCAGUUCUGAAGAUUCAGCGCAGAUAUCGAGCCAACAUGGCAGCAAAGAAACAAAAACACCAAUAUCAACAAAUCAGAAAAGCAUCAAUUGUUCUACAAGCCGUCUACAGAGGUCAGCAGGUCAGGAAGGAGGUUAAACGUUGGCACCAGGCUGCUACUGUGAUCCAAUCAGCUUUCAGAAGGUACAGGGAGGAGGUCAAGUUCCAGGCCAUGCGUCUGUCUGCCAUCAUCAUCCAAAGACGCUACAGAGCUCUUCUGCAGGGGAGGAGAGACAGAGAGAACUUCUUGAGGAUGAAACGUUCUGCUGUGGUUCUUCAAGCAGCUUUCAGAGGUCACCGUGUGAGAAGUGAAGUCACAAACAUGCACUCAGCAGCUCUCGUCAUUCAAGCCAAUUUCAGGAGAUUCAGACGGCAAAAAGCAUUCAGGACACAACGCUGGGCAGCUGUAGUCCUUCAGCAGAGGUUUAGAGCCCAAAAACAGAAACGACAAACAGUAAAACAAUAUCAGGAUGUGAGAAAAGCUACAGUUUUGCUUCAAGCUGCUUUCAGAGGCAUGAAAUCCAGAAGAAUCCUCAAACAAGAACAUCAAGCUGCUGCAGUUAUCCAGAGAUCUUUCAGAGCACACUGUGAACACAGGAGCUAUCUGACCUUAAAGUCCUCCGUUCUGAAGAUUCAGUGCAGAUAUCGAGCCAACAUGGCAGCAAAGAAACAAAAACACCAAUAUCAACAAAUCAGAAAAGCAUCAAUUGUUCUACAAGCCGUUUACAGAGGUCAACAGGUCAGGAAGGAGGUUAAACGUUGGCACCAGGCUGCUACUGUGAUCCAAUCAGCUUUCAGAAGGUACAGAGAGGAGGUCAAGUUCCAGGCCAUGCGUCUGUCUGCCAUCAUCAUCCAAAGACGCUACAGAGCUCUUCUGCAGGGGAGGAGAGACAGAGAGAACUUCUUGAGGAUGAAACGUUCUGCUGUGGUUCUUCAAGCAGCUUUCAGAGGUCACCGUGUGAGAAGUGAAGUCACAAACAUGCACUCUGCAGCUCUCGUCAUUCAAGCUAAUUUCAGAAGAUUCAGACAGCAAAAAGCUUUUAGGAGACUACGCUGGGCAGCCGUAGUCUUUCAACAGAGGUUUAGAGCCCAAAAACAGAAACGACAUGCAGUGAAACAAUAUCAGGAUAUGAGAAAAGCUGCAGUUUUGCUUCAAGCUGCUUUCAGAGGCAUGAAAUCCAGAAGAAUCCUCAAACAAGAACAUCAAGCUGCUGCAGUUAUCCAGAGAUCUUUCAGAGCACACCGUGAACACAGGAGCUAUCUGACCUUAAAGUCCUUCGUUCUGAAGAUUCAGCGCAGGUAUCGAGCCAACAUGGCAGCAAAGAAACAAAAGCACCAAUAUCAACAAAUCAGAAAAGCAUCAAUUGUUCUACAAGCCGUCUACAGAGGUCAGCAGGUCAGGAAGGAAGUAAAACAUUGGCAUCAGGCUGCUACUGUGAUCCAGUCAGCUUGCAGAAGGUACAGGGAGGAGGUCAAGUUCCAGGCCAUGCGUCUGUCUGCCAUCAUCAUCCAAAGACGCUACAGAGCUCUUCUGCAGGGGAGGAGAGACAGAGAGAACUUCUUGAGGAAGAAACGUUCUGCUGUGGUUCUUCAAGCAGCUUUCAGAGGUCACCGUGUGAGAAGUGAAGUCACAAACUUGCACUCUGCAGCUCUCGUCAUUCAAGCCAAUUUCAGGAGAUUAAAGCAUCAGAAAACCUUCAGGAGACUACGCUCGGCAGCCAUAGUCCUUCAACAGAGGUUUAGGGCCCAAAAACAGAAACAACAUGCAGUGAAACAAUAUCAGGAUGUGAGAAAAGCUGCAGUUUUGCUUCAAGCUGCUUUCAGAGGCAUGAAAUCCAGAAGAAUCCUCAAACAAGAACAUCAAGCUGCUGCAGUUAUCCAGAGAUCUUUCAGAGCACACCGUGAACACAGGAGCUAUCUGACCUUAAAGUCCUCCGUUCUGAAGAUUCAGCGCAGAUAUCGAGCCAACAUGGCAGCAAAGAAACAAAAACACCAAUAUCAACAAAUCAGAAAAGCAUCAAUUGUUCUACAAGCCGUUUACAGAGGUCAACAGGUCAGGAAGGAGGUUAAACGUUGGCACCAGGCUGCUACUGUGAUCCAAUCAGCUUUCAGAAGGUACAGAGAGGAGGUCAAGUUCCAGGCCAUGCGUCUGUCUGCCAUCAUCAUCCAAAGACGCUACAGAGCUCUUCUGCAGGGGAGGAGAGACAGAGAGAACUUCUUGAGGAUGAAACGUUCUGCUGUGGUUCUUCAAGCAGCUUUCAGAGGUCACCGUGUGAGAAGUGAAGUCACAAACAUGCACUCUGCAGCUCUCGUCAUUCAAGCCAAUUUCAGAAGAUUCAGACAGCAAAAAGCUUUUAGGAGACUACGCUCUGCAGCUGUAGUCCUUCAGCAGAAGUUUAGAGCCCAAAAACAGAAACAACAUUCAGUGAAACAAUAUCAGGAUGUGAGAAAAGCUACAGUUUUGCUUCAAGCUGCUUUCAGAGGCAUGAAAUCCAGAAGAAUCCUCAAACAAGAACAUCAUGCUGCUGCAGUUAUCCAGAGAUCUUUCAGAGCACACUGUGAACACAGGAACUAUAGGACCUUAAAGUCCUCCGUUCUGAAGAUUCAGCGCAGAUAUCGAGCCAACAUGGCAGCUAAAACUGAAAGGAACAUCUACCUCCAGAAAAGGCAGGCUGCCAUCUUAAUUCAGAGGAGCUUCAGAACGUGGAAGGCUCGACAACUGGUUGUGGAAGCAGCACGAGCUGAGAAGAGACUGCGUUUCACAGCUGUGGUCUUCCAUCAUCUCUGUGCCAUUAAGAUCCAGAGACGUCUGAGAGCUCACUGGGCUUUGGAGUCGGCAAAGAAGCAGAUCAACUCUGUAGUCACCAUUCAACGAUGGUUGAGAGCGAGGCAACAGAGGAGACGAUACCUGGAGGACAGGAGGAAGCUGGUUAGCAUUCAGAGAGCUGUCAGACGCUGGCUCGCCCGCCGCCACCAAGCUGCCUCCGUCAUCCAGCUGGCUGUCAGGAAGUUCCUCUAUGUCAAGCGCCAGCAGAGGGUUCAGCAGGGCAUUGUGAAGGCUCAGGCUCUGUGGAGAGCUCACUGCUCCCGCCGAAGGCACGACAAUGUCAAACUCGUGAAACUAAGACAUCGAUUACGUCAAAUUUCUGCUGCUGUUCGAGAGGAAGACAAACUGUGCAACAAGACGUCCUCUGCACUGGAUUACCUCCUUCGAUACAAACACUUCUCCUACAUUCUAGAGGCCCUCAAAAACUUGGAGACGGCUACCAGGCUCUCACCUGAGUGCUGUGAGCGGUUGGUGGAAAGCGGCGCCACCAACGUCAUCUUCACGCUGAUCCGCUGUUGUAACAGAAGUGUCCCCUGCAUGGAUGUCAUCACCUUCUCCAUCCAGAUCCUCCUCAACCUCUCCAAGUACCAUAAGACCAUAGAGGCGGUGUAUUCAGUGGAAAACUCUGUGGAGACGCUGCUGGAUUUGUUGCAGAGAUACCGAGAGAAGGCGGGGGAUAAAGUGGCAGAAAAAGGCGGAAGCAUCUUCACCAAAGCCUGCUUCCUUCUCGCUCUGCUCCUGCAGGACAAACGGCGCGCUGAGGCUGUCAUGAAGCUGCCUAAAGUCCUGGAUAGGAUCCGCAGCAUUUAUCGGCUCACUGCUCGAAAACACAAGAUGGACGCAGAAAGGACCAUCUUGAAACAGAAAAUGAACGCCUCGAUAAACGGGAGCUUCUAUGUUCCUGCAACGCCCCGUAAAUCCCGCCCUGUACCAAAGUUUGCGCCGGAGUGGGUCCUCAGAAAGGAUAAACUUAAAGACAUCGUGGAUCCUCUCAGAGCCAUUCACAUGGUGGCAGACACUCUGUCUAUUGUGUUGUAAAUUAAAAAAAAAGUUUUACUCAAAACUACUUUUUUCUUUUUUUAAAUACUCGUUCUUUCAUUAAUUUUACUUUGUAAAUAAUAAACUUUUCAUGUUUUCUGACAUGUU